AUGCACCCACCUGUACUCGGCUUCGUUGGUUCCUACUUGCCAAACCGCAGUGAAAAGAUCCUGGUGGGUAAUAGCUAUUUGCCUCCUCAUCCGAUCGAAUGUGGUGAAUAUCAGUGUGUGGUUCUAGUUUCGCUACUCCCAUUUUUACAUCACCGAAAUAUCAACAAUAAUUAGAAAUGCGCAAGCGAUGAUUUAUGCUGAUGGUUUUACGUAUGCUUACUUAUUUUCCUAGGACAACGCAAGUGUUUGUGUUGGAAAUGUUACUCCGAUAUGCUUUCGCUGCCAGAAUGAUGCUCGGCCUGACAGAUAUAGUUUGCUCCAUUAAGAUGUAGUGUCAUGUGUUUCGGUCCCUUCAAGAUUCCCGUCCUCCAAAGUUUCUAAAAUAGUCGUCUCACUGGACGAUCCAUCAACAUGGACCUGGGUUUAAGUUACAGGAGUAUGUAUACUUUAUCUCCUAAUGUAGAUAUAACUGCGAAGGCAUCACUGAUUUUUCCAUCUGAAAACAAAGCUAAAAUUCUUCCACACCCCAUCCUUGAGUACUGCUUUCUUUUCUCUGGUUUAUAGAAUGCAUACGACUGCUGCGAAAUCGAAAAAUGUUCAGACUGUUUUUAGGCAAAACUCUUUUCUUCUUCUAGUCCAGUGUCUCAUAUCCGAGAAAUGCCAGUUAGUGACUGAGUAAUUUCUAUGGGUUAUAAGAUUCGAGGCCGGCCCUUGCUUUUUUCCACAUUAAUUUUAGCCCUAAUUAUUCCAAUUAUUAACUCGAUCAGUCCAGUAAGUCGGCCUUAUGCCAAUCAUCGUUCUUUUAUAAUCAUUUCACCACUUCUCUGUUUCACCAUUUGAACGCCAGUUUCCUCUGUCUUUUUGGUCUCUUCCUUUUGGCCCAACAUGGACGAAAAAACCUUAUCAAACAAGAAGUGUAUGAUUGCAUCCAUCACGUCCUGGAGUGAUUAUCUUUGCGGCCCUUAACGUUUCCUCUCAUGUCGCUAAUUAACGAACUGUUGGCAGUUGCGACGAGAUUCCUGUUUUCGUUUCCUGGUCUGUGGCUUCUUCUAUUGACAAGAAGCGUCAUGGUUACAUCUUCCGCACCUUGUCGAUGAGCUUCUUGACCUUUCCAGUCUCCUUCCCGUCUCGACCCUAAGCAAGCUGUUCGUUGGGUGAUGCUGCGUGCGCUGGGACUGCGCCUAGCGUCCACUUGCUGGCACUCAACUCUCACCUGUGGCUCCACGUAGCUGGACUCUGCUCAGCGGCCCCACCCCGGGCAACCGUCUCGACCGGCGGGCUAAACCAGGUGAGGGGGCCCUGUGCGCUGUGCCGUGUGCACAGGGUUUGCGGAUUCCGCUGGAUGGAAGGUCGGAUGGAACCUUGCGUCGGCACCGUCGUGACGUGGUUCGCCUCUGCACGCCACUGGACAGACGGUGACGGGAUGGAUCUCCACAUCGACAAGGCCUUGACGCGCCCACCUACGCCGUCGGAGACCGCGGCUUACGGCGAAUUCGAGUCGCUCUCCACUACAACCCGAAGUCGUGGUCCCAUAGUGGAUUUCGGCCGCGCCACAACGGCACAUGGCAGCCCUAUUCAGGGAUGGCACUGCCAGCCCCCACGAGGGGAAGGGCCUAGAAAAGGUGGCCUAAACAUUGCUGAGUACCACGCCGUCUCCAGGCUAGCCAGGGCCGCAGACGUCUUAUCAUGGUUGAAACAAUCAAAAUCGAAACAACAACAAUACCAACAACAAUAAUAAUAAUAAUAACAACAACAACAACCAUACUCAUUCUCCUCAUCCUACCUCUUUUUCCUCUUCCUCUGCCUAUUCUUCUCCUUCGUCACCUUCUUCUCCAUCUCCUUCCCGUCGCCCCACUCGUUGUCACCAGACUGGCAGGGUGAGACCGCUCACUCUGGCAGCCUGGAAUGUUCGUUCCCUUUUAGACAAUCCGAGGAGCAACCGACCGGAACGGAGGACGGCGUUAGUGGCACGAGAACUGGCGCGCUACAAGGUGGACAUCGCCGCACUCAGCGAGACCCGAUUCUCCGAACAAGGCCAACUGGAGGAGGUUGGUGCCGGCUACACCUUCUUCUGGAGCGGUCGACCCAGGGCAGAGCGACGGGACGCGGGUGUCGCCUUCGCCAUUCGGAACGACAUCGUGGGACGACUGCCCUGUUUGCCGCAGGGUAUCAAUGAUCGCCUGAUGAGCCUCCGCCUGCCUCUCUGGGGAGGCAAAUUCGCCACCAUCAUCAGCGCCUACGCUCCGACGUUGACCAACCCCGACGCCGUUAGAGACAAAUUCUACGAGGACCUGCACGCCCUCUUGGCGACUGUGUCGAAGGCGGACAAGUUGAUGGUCCUUGGUGACUUCAACGCUCGCGUCGGCACAGACCAUACUGCCUGGAGAGGAGUACUGGGUCCCCACGGUCUCCGCGGCUCAAACAACAAUGGUCUGCUGCUUCUCCGCACCUGCGCAGAACACCGCCUCAUCCUGACGAACACGUUGUUCUGUCUGCCGGAGCGAGAGAAGGCCACCUGGAGGCAUCCUCGGUCGCGCCAGUGGCACCUGCUGGACUACGUCCUCGUCCGGAGGCGAGAUCAGCGGGACGUGCUGGUGACGAAGGCGAUCGCGGGUGCUGACGGGUGGACCGACCAUCGCCUCGUCAUAUCGAAGAUGCGUAUUCGACUACAGCCUCGCAGGAGACCACAAGGUAAGCGACCCCAGGUAAGCGACCCCCAGGUAAGCGACCCCCAGGUAAGCUGAAUGUUGCUUUGUUGUCUUUGCCCGCUUAUCAUCUUCAUCUCAGCAACGAGCUAGCUCAACGGCUAGACAACCUCCUCAUCGCCGAUGCCGCCGCUGCGGAGAACGCCUCCGUGGAGAACCGCUGGUGUCAACUGCGAGACACGGUCCAGUCGACGGCGCUCGCCGUCCUCGGUCGCGCUCCCCACCAACACCAGGACUGGCUCGACGACAACGACGCCGCCAUCUGA